UGGAGUAAUUGUAACAUAGAAAACCCAUGGGUUCCACCCAGCCUUUGGCACCAAUUGACAGGAACAGUGUUAUUAUAGACAGUAUGGCACCAAUUGAAGGAAACAGUGUUAUUAUAGUUAUGGGUCUCCAGGACGGUGUAACGGAGAUGUUGUUAUACUGUCCGAAGAAGUGCCACGAGUUCCUAACGACACUGGGUAACGUAGAAAAAAGCACCGAGUUCCAAAAACUCACCAACUCCAUCAACCAACUCAUCUACACCACCAGGCUCCCCUGGAUAUUUGUUCUCACGCUAGCCUGGCUAGUGGCGGUACUCUACCUUGCCUUUGGAGCCAUAUGGCCACUGGACUGGACACAUAUGAGGUCGCAUUGGUUACGGGGUGGAGAGCACCAGUGGCAAUGUAUGUGGUAUAAGAUGAUGACGGGGAGGAAGGGAGUGGAUCUGAUGGAGUAUUUUGGGAAGAAUUAGAGAUACUAUG